CUAUAAUAACCGCUAGCGGCCGAUCACGUAUGUGACAUGGCGUCCGGGUAGAAAGAAAGUUGACUGUUAAAUAAGCGUUAAUGUUGUUUUUAUGACAUUGACCAACCGAAAAGGGAACAUCCGAGGCCGCGAAUUUCCCACAGACACCGGCAUUGAUGGUAAUGCAUGCGAGGAAACCACAAAGGAUCAGCGAUGGGUACUUCGAAAAGCACCAGGCCCAUCCCUAUCAGAACGCAAAGUAUAGUAGUUCUAAGGGUGGCUACUCCUCAUCAACAACAUCAUCAGAUAGUCGUUACGAAGGACGUAUGCGAGAUUCCCCAAAUGGCAACUCUUAUAGUCCAGCUGGGGGCUUGGGUAUGGGCAUGGGAACAGAUAGAGAUAGUCCUCGCAGUUACACAUCCAAGCCCCUAUACAAGAAGGAGAGAGAAAACAGAGACUACAAGUUAUCCUCCUCUAGGGACAAGUAUUCAGAUUGUGCACGAUCCCCAAAAGACAAGAGAAGCCGUGAGAGCAGAGAUUCAGAACACAGGACCAACCAUGAUAGGAGUAGUGGAGAAAUUUUACAUCCUAUAAAAUUAUCGUCAAAUUCAUCAAGAGAAUCUUCAUCUCAGAGAAAACCAUCACACAAUUCCUGUCAGGACAAACGUGGUGAUGAGCGAGGAGGUGCAAUGGAACGUUCAGCCAGGUUUGGUGAUUGGUCAGAACACAUGAGCUCUUCAGGCAAGAAGUAUUAUUACAACUGUAAAACAGAAGUUUCUCAGUGGGAAAAACCACGGGAAUGGAUUAGUCGAACAGAAAAUCGACAACGUCAAUCCAAUGAUUAUUCUUCUAGGUCAAGUCACGAUAAACAUUCCAACUCGCGGUCAAAUAGCAGUAGCAGUGUGCGAGAUGGUAAAUCGCGUCAGUCUGACAAACGAGAAUAUUGGAGUUCAUGCAGUGGAAGUGGUGGUGGUAGUAGUAGAGAAGAUGUUUCGAUUAGAGAAAGAGAAAGAGAGAAAGAACGAGAAAGAGAACGAGAACGUGAAAGGGAUCGGGAAUCAUGUAGAGAAGAAACUGGAGUGGAGCGUCAAGCACAGGAUAUGGAUAUUUCUCCAGGUGAUUCCACUCCAACUUCCGAACCUCUAACAUCUUGUACUCACGAUCCACUGCCUCAAGGUCCUGUUUUGUUGGCUACUGCAUUACCUCGGUUAACAUCACAUCCACCAUCUACACCACAAACACCUGGAAAACUUAGUUCACCAACGCAACAAGGUAAUAGUAAUGCUCCAGGACCACCAGUUUCACUAGCAAAUCUUCCGAGACUUUUAUCUCAAAUCACAGGCAAUAAAGAUCAACCUGAUAUUACACCACAAAAAGCAUUACAAACACUUCAAACAGCCGCCAUUCUAUUAUCUAGACAACAAUCGACUAGUGGAGAACGAAAUAAUAGUGGAAAUGAUGUAAUGGUCCCACUAAAAGUUGAUACAAGCGGUAAUGUUACAAGUGAGGGACCACCUACUCCAACACAUUCAGAAACUCAGGAUUGCAUCGAUGCUCGAAAAUUAACAAGUCCUGGGAGCACGAAUUCUGGAGUACAAGGUUUAAGCUCAUUGCAAAAUCUUAGUACAUUAGGUUCCCUUGGAAAUUUAAGUAAUACAGGUUUACAAGCAUUAGCUAGAGUACAGCCUCCUUUAACUCCUUCCUUAACACCAUCACUUGCUAAUCACUAUCGGGAAGAUUUAACGCAACAUGUGCGUGCCUUUCCUGCUGAUAUUCUUGAAAAACAGGCACAGAAACUUAGUGAAGAAGCACAUACAAUGGGAAGUUUACAGUGUACAAGAGUAUCAGCAGAAUUAAAAACGGCACGAUCGAUAGUGAGGCUGACAGAAAUUCAAGCAACAUUACAGGAACAAAGGAUAUUAUUUCUCCGUCAACAAAUUCAAACAUUGGAGGAGCUAAAAUCCCAAAAUUCCUUCAUGUCUGACGAUUCUUAGUGGAUAGACAAAUGGACGACACAGCCUCGACAGAGAAUGUUCACAGUGUAGGACAGCAGCAUAGACAUAUCUCAGCGCAGCCUCACUUUACCAUUGGUUAGUAUUUCAGCUGGUAAUUAUACAAAGCUAUAAUUUUUUAAUUUAGACAAUAUAACUAUGUGCGGAAGAGAACCCUUCGUAGAGAAGAUCAUUUCUUUUAUAAAGGAUAACAUUAAGAGGUACUGUAAGUAUUAACUAGUCUAUUUCAAUUACUGAAUUACGAUAAAUCUUGUUCUACAUUUAAACAGUAGAAUAAUUGCAUUUUUAAUUAUACAAAAAAAAUGGACUAAUUACGUUGAUAUAUUUUUUACAUACUUAGCAAUACUAUUUUAGUAUAAUAGGUAACAACUACGAAGGGUAUUUUCAGAGUUUGCAAUUUAUAAAUUAUCAACAUGAAAUCAAGAUUUCUCUAUUAUAUAUUAUCCUUGUGUUUUGAUAAUGUAUACAGAAAUUAAAAAUGUCUUAAAAUCUAUAAUGUAAAUAUUACACAACAUAUAUAGAGCAACAAUA